ACCUGGAGGUGGCUCGACAUCAGGAUCGGCCCGACCCCCAAAAAGACGCUUAGGGCCUGAUGAUGGAGUGCAGCCUAAGAGGUUGAAACACAGCCAGACGCCUGGAAGUGGCUCGACACCUGGGUCGGAUCAAGCCUCAAAAACGAGUUCAGCAGUCACCAGUCGGACAUCAAAGGCAAAAAUCAAGAAUGUGCAAAGGUCCUGUAAACUCGAAGCUAGGAUGACAGAAGGGCAUACACUCCUUCAGAUGGAAGAGUAUGCUCAUGAGGGCGGGACGCUGGUCAGAAGAAGGUUUGGGAUUUCCUUUGAUGAAGAAUCUAGCUCCUCCAGCUCAAUAGAUACAAGAUCUGACAUGAGAAGCUCAUCCAGCUCAAUAGGUGCAAGACCUGACAUGAGAAGCAAUGAUGUGUAUCAGGAAAGGCCUUUUCACAAUGACCCUUCCCCAUCUGUGAUGAGAGAAGACGCAAGGUUCCUUCAGAUGGAAGAGUAUGCUCAUGAGGACGUGACGCUGGUCAGAAGGAGGUUUGGGAUUUCCUUUGAUGAAGAAUCUAGCUCCUCCAGCUCAAUAGAUACAAGAUCUGACAUGAGAAGCUCAUCCAGCUCAAUAGGUGCAAGACCUGACAUGAGAAGCAAUGAUGUGUAUCAGGAAAGGCCUUUUCACAAUGACCCUUCCCCAUCCGUGAUGAGAGAAGAUGCAAGGUCCUUUCAGAUAAUUGAGCCAAACCGGAGAGGCAAUGUGUAUCUGCAAAGGCCCUUACAGGAGUUCCCUCCACGAUACAUAAGAACUGUUCUAGUCCCAGAGGUUCCCGUUCCAGAGUACCUGACUGUAGACUGGGUGAGGGCCACAGCUGUUCGUCUGCGAUGGCGUCUUCCUGACGGGACUUCUGAAAAUCAGUACAAGUUCCGGAUCUCUUGCCACAGUGAGGCGGCUGAUCCACUGACUGUGGAGACCAUAGAUCAGUCAUAUUGGGUGGUCAUCAGAUUUUUGAGACCUGCCACUGAAUACAUAAUCAAUGUCUUCACCUUAACCCAGUGUGGAAGACGCAGCCAGUCAUGCACAAAAAUCAUCCACACAGGUCAAAAUGAUGCCGAUAUUCAAAGGGAAAAAGAAAAAACUCUUCAAGCCAUAGAUGCCAUACCUGCCUGGGGUAAAGAAAUGUUGAGGAGGUCCCAGAAUGGCUCUGAACCAGAGCCCGACUUCAGACGCAGAGAUGCCGGAAGAGGUCAUCAUGUUAUUAAUAACGCCAUGCUGUCCAUUCUUACAGAUGUUCUGAAGAAGGUGUUACAUAGACUGAAGUUCCGCUACGAUUCAUCAGAUUUGGAGAGGUUAUCUAAAUAUCUAGAGUAUGACUUCAAUAGUUCAGCAAGGAAUGAUAUCCAGAAUGUCAUGGUGGCUCACAUCAGAAGGACAAAUAACGGGGAUCUUCCUGCAGAUUUGAAUUCCUCGUUGUUUGGCUUUCAUUCCCUCAUUCUGACAGAAGUAAUGUGCAUGGAUAUGAUCAAUUUGAUCACGGGUAGCGAUAGAUGCCCAAGAGACCUGGGCAUGUCUCCAAAAUUGCACUGGAUCAUUGAAGAAAUGAUGAUGCGUAUGUCAUAUGUUGAUAAAAUUGCAAAGGAUCAUUGGAUUAGAAACUGUGCAGACAGAACGAACAAGUUUAAAGCCAGAAAGGCUGAUGUGGAGAGACACCUGAGGUGUGGUUUGAAACAUUUUAAGACCAUCAUUGGAGAAUUGCAGAAUAUCUACAGAAAUGGCUUGCCCAUUUCCUGUUGCUUACCCUAAUUUAAACAGUCAUAUAGGGCUUGAAAGUGACGUCACAUCCUCCGAUUUCAUGGGACCUAAGGGCGUUUUUAGCGGAAAGUUUCUGAAUGUAAUCCAAUGGUGGUAUUGAAAUGAUAUUUCGAUCUCCUUUAAAUUGUGUCACAUAUGUUGUUUCUGAUAUUUAUGUAUAAUUUUUCGUACCAAACACCAAACGAUUUAGAAGGGUGUUUUUUUUUUGGUUUUUUUUACAUUUUUCAUGCAGACGACCUCGGAACAAAAUAUUGAUACUUCUGCAUGAAUAAUCUAAAUGUAGCUCCUUAAACAGCAUAUUUGUUGCCCAGCGCAUAUAAUGACUGGAAUCAAAAGAUAUUUACUCGCUACCAUGCUGUUAGAUGGUCAGCUAAGGUCCCGUGAAUGCAAAACUAAGUGGGCGGGACUUUCAAGCCCUAUAACUAUGGGUAGAUGACGUGACGUGUAAAUUUUGCUGUCGCAGGCUCUUAAAAUUAAGUAAAUUCAUGCUUUCAAAAUUGUCAAUGCUUUAAAUGAUUAAACUAAUGUCGUUGUUGUGAAAAAGUAAUGUGUAAUAAAUCCAGAGCUUAAAUAAGUAUACUUAAUUUUGAGUCAAAUGUCACAUUUGUCCUAUGGUGUGACUGUCGCAAGCCUGGUUCUCCAUAUUAAAACAUUUUUAAAUAAAUAAUCAAAGCUCAGUCAUUUGUCUAAACAACCCUGACAUGUUUUUCAAGGUGUCUAUUUUAGCAAGUGGCAAUGCUUAAUUUUUUUUCUGUUUUUCUGAGACCGUAUGGACUUAUGAAACUUUGUCACAGAAAACAAUGUCCUGUGGUGUGACAUCAUAUUUUUGGUUAAUUCUGUGGAUAAUUAUCCAUUGUUGAAGCUCCA